AUGGUCUCCUUUGCACUUCACAUUAGUAGUGAUGAUCCAACUACUUUCCAAGGAGCUAUUACUAGUCAGGAGAAAGGAAAAUGGAUGGCUGUAAUGGCUGAGGAGAUGGAGUCUUUGCAGAAAAAUCUUACAUGGGAGCUAGUUCGUCUUUCUAAUGGAAAGAAGGCUAUUGGUUGCAAAUGGGUGUAUAAAAGGAAAUCAACAGUAUCAGAAAAAGAGGGAAAAGUUCAAGGCUCGAUUGGUAGCAAAUGGUUGAAGAAAUCCUUAUAUGGGUUGGAACAGUGUCCAAGACAAUGGUAUAAACGGUUCGACUCCUAUAUGAUUAAGAUUGACUACAAGCGAUGUGAGUAUGAUUAUUGUGUUUAUAAAUUUGAUAUGAAAGACUUGGGUGCUGUAAAGAAAAUUUUUGGAAUGGAGAUUCAUAGGGAUAGAGGCUCAAGGAAACUGUGGUUAUCUCAGCAAGGCUAUGUUGAGAAAGUGUUAUACAGGUUUGGGAUGAGCAAUGCAAAGCCGGUAAGCACUCCAUUGGCAAAUCAGUUUAAGCUUUCUUCAGAACAAUGCCCUAAGACAGAUAAGGAAGUUGUUGACAUUAUGCUAGUGUUGUUGGUAGGCGACAUUGGUCAAGUGGAUUUUCAACGACAACUCCUUUUGGCUUCUACUAGUCAAGCAGCGUGCUUGGUGGCACUGGACAUAAUUGAGGAUGGCAUAGCAACACUAGCGAAAGUCGAAGAAGCCUACAGGAUUGAAAAGGAAACCAUAGAAGCAGUUGAAGAAGAGCUUGAAUUGCAGUCAUUAUAUCAGCUGAAAGAUAAUCUGACUGCUGCUGAUGACAGUACCAUUGACAACAGGUUGCUUCCAGCAAUAAAUAAAAUUUGGCCGUUCUUGGUUGUUUGCGUUCAACAAAAAAACACAUUGGUUGUAAGGAGAUGUUUAAGUGUUGUAAGCAGUGUCGUGCAAACUUGCGGAGGAAACUUUUUCUCCCGCUGCUUCCACACGGAUGGAGCUCAUUUCUGGAAACUCUUAAGCUCAUCUCCAUUCCAAAAGAAGGCAAACUUGAAAGAACGAGCCCCAUUACAACUUCCAUACAGGAGUGGUAAUGCAUCUUCAGAGGACUCUGUAGCAGAAACUUCGAGUUUGAAAGUACAGGUAGCAGUGCUCAAUAUGAUUGCUGAUUUAUCCCAAAACAAAAGAAGUGCUUCAGCAUUGAAAGUUGUUAUGAAGAAGGUUAGUGGUAUCGUGGCGGGCGUAGCGUGCAGCGGAGUCGCCGGGCUUCACGAUGCAUCGAUGAAUGCGCUAAAGGGACUUGCAUCCAUUGACCCUGAUCUUAUAUGGAUUCUUGCAGGUGAUGUUUUCUAUUCAGUGAAGAAGAAUGGGUUGCCUUCACCACCAACCUCGGAUUUUCCACCAAUCUCUGAAAUUCUACCACCAGCUGAGUCUUAUAAGAAGUUCCUAUACGUGAAAUAUGGAGGGCAGAGUUAUGGUUUUGAUGUAGAGAUUUCGUCCCUGGAUACUGUACUUCGGAAAUUGCAAGCUUUUGAUGUUAUCUAAA